ACUGUGGGUGGACUGGGAGAAAGAAAGAGGGAGAGGAGGGGAUAAUAAAAAGGGAAACCACAGCCAUACGUUAAGCCAGGGGCUAUCAAAAAUCUUAUCCUCUUUUUUCUAGAUUUUUUCUGCAUUCACUCAUAUUUGCUCUCAGAUGAUAUGAUAUGCUGAUUCCAGCUGACCUAUCCCUCCUCUCUCACCCACAUUUUCCACCACUCGCUAUUCUGAUUUAUUUUAUGUUUUCCCAUAAUAUAAGCUGUAACUGAGCCGCUGCUGCUUCUGCUGCUGCUGCUGCUGCUUAGGAAAAGACAUCCAUGGCAUCAGCUUAUGCUCUCUCCCUGACCAACAGUAGAGGACUUUCUGAAUUGAAUGGCCUCCGCAGCUCAUCCGCCUCUCUCCCCUUCGGUAAUGGGAAAACCUCCCGAGAUUUUCUCUCUCGCGUAGCCUACCAAACCUCUGUUGUGAAUGUAAGCCGGAAGAACAGGUUAGUGGUAACUGCAAAGCUGAAGGUGGCGAUCAAUGGGUUCGGUCGGAUUGGAAGGAACUUCUUGAGGUGUUGGCAUGGAAGGAAGGACUCCCCUCUCGACGUCUUGGUCAUUAACGACACCGGCGGCGUCAAGCAAGCCUCCCACCUCCUCAAGUACGACUCUACCCUCGGCAUCUUUGACGCAGAUGUCAAGCCUGUCGGCGAUGAUGCCAUCUCUGUCGAUGGCAAGAUCAUCAAGGUCGCCUCCAAUCGCAACCCUGUCAACCUCCCCUGGAAGGAUUUCGACAUUGAUCUAGUGAUCGAAGGAACAGGUGUGUUCGUCGACCGGGACGGAGCAGGGAAGCAUUUACAAGCGGGGGCAAAGAAGGUGCUCAUCACCGCUCCCGGAAAGGGCGAUAUACCCACCUACGUGAUCGGUGUUAAUGCGGAACUAUACGACCCAGCUGAGACCAUCAUCAGCAAUGCCUCUUGUACCACCAAUUGCCUUGCUCCCUUUGUCAAGGUCCUUGACCAGAAGUUUGGUAUCAUAAAGGGUACCAUGACAACCACACAUUCCUACACUGGAGACCAGAGGCUUCUUGACGCAAGCCACAGGGACCUUAGACGUGCGAGAGCAGCAGCUCUCAACAUAGUACCAACGUCAACAGGUGCUGCGAAGGCAGUGGCUCUUGUCCUUCCCAACCUCAAGGGGAAGCUCAAUGGGAUCGCCCUCCGUGUCCCCACGCCAAACGUCUCAGUCGUGGACCUCGUCGUCCAGGUAUCCAAGAAGACAUUCGCAGAGGAGGUGAACGAAGCGUUCAGAGAGAGCGCUUCGAAAGAGCUCAAAGGCAUACUCUCUGUUUGCGAUGAGCCGCUGGUUUCUGUGGACUUCAGGUGCACAGAUGUGUCAUCGACAGUAGACUCAUCGCUAACCAUGGUUAUGGGAGACGACAUGGUCAAGGUGAUUGCUUGGUAUGACAAUGAGUGGGGUUACUCACAGAGGGUGGUUGAUCUUGCACACAUCGUCGCCAACAACUGGAAGUAGAAGUAGUACUACUGCUACUACUGUUCUAUCGCAACAACUGGAAGUAGAAGUAGUACUACUGCUACUACUUUUCUAUCGACUAUUUAUAAUUUAGUAACAUUUUUCAUUAUUUUACUCCCCAUGUUUUCUUGUAGAUCUAUUUUUGUUGGAAAUUGUAAUGAGAAUGUAUAAUGUGAAACGUUUUUCAUCGUCCUGAAAUUUCAGUUUCUAAAUAAGAGGUUAUUAAUUGAGCCCA